AUGGUGUUGCAGUGGCAAAAAAGUUUCUGGCUCAGCACAUACCAUGUCACAGAAUGCCAUGAUGCUGAUUUUCAGCAAAAGGCCAAGAGCAUUCUCGGCGAGUUCAAUCGGGAGCAGGACGCGUUCAUCAAAGGGCAAGAGGGAAAGGGGGGCGCCGCAGUAGCCCCCUGGGUCGGCGCCCCCAACGAGCCUGCCUUGAAGGAGGAAUGCCUGUCUCUGUCUACUGAUCGGCGGAACUUCGUACGCGCCCCUCCUGCCGGCGUGGAGUUUGACUUAGACUACGACAAGAUGUACCCCGUGGCCGUCGCCAUCGUGGCCGAGGACCCCAACCUCGAGAAGAUGCGCUUCGACCUCGUGCCAAAAGUCAUCACGGAAGAGAACUUCUGGAGGAACUAUUUCUACCGUCUGUCGCUGAUCUGCCAGGCCAACGAGGCCGACGCCGCCGCCAGCCGCCAGGCCAGCGCCGACGACUCGCAGGAUGAUAGGUCGACAAGUGACAGGGUGAACGCAAAUGAGAAAUCCUGUCAGGAGUCGAUUGACGACGCCAAGAGCCGGAUUAAAUCCCUUAAAGUGGAUAGAGAUAACGAAGACGAGCAAUGGGAACGCGAGUUGGAGGCCGAACUCAACGAGUACGAGGUGGUGGCCGGACACCGCGCCGACCCCACCGACCCCGCCGACGACGAUGACUGCGACCGCCUGCUCGCCGAACAACUAGAUCUCAAUAUGACUGAACAUGGACCUCCUCCAAGGAUCUACAUCAGUCGGUUCUGCGUUAGUCGCAUCCAGUGGCUUCCCGCGACCUUCAUCAGAUCAUCGGUCCACCUCGUCAAAAUCGAUCCUAGGAACGGAGCAAGAGCUGCUAUUUGUUCCAGCUCAUGUCUUCGAGGUGUUGAAAAGGUCCCCAUAUGGAUUGCAUAAAUGUACCUAUUACUUUACAAAUAGUGACUUAUUGGUGUCGAUUCUGGCGUGAU